AUGGCUUACAGACGAAGCAUAGCGUGGCGGGCCGCACUCCAGGGCAGGCUAUUAAGAAUCAACAAUACAAUCCCCACUGGAAGAUACUACACGGUCGCCUCAUCGGCUACAAAACGGAAUGCAUCAUUCGCGUUAUUUGAAGCUCGGAGACUGAACACCUCAUCAGGACUUUCUCUCGCCGCCUCCCCAUCCACCAGGAAACUAUGGCAGAGCUACGGUGAAGCCGCUGUGAUACGGGGGUUCUCUAACUCUGCGCUGUUGGGCAAGGAAAGGCCGCCACCAAAGGAUGAAGAAGAAGAGGUGAAGGAGAAGCAACAAGAGAAGCCGAAGCAAGAUGCUGUCGAGGAAGAGGUCGAGCAAGAAGUGAAGCGGAAAGAAGAGGGGGAGAAAGAGAAGGGCGGCGUGAAGGUGGACUCUGGGAAGGAGCGAUCCGGAGAAGGCGCUCCAAGUCCGGGAGAGGUCCUAAAAGGUGGCAGAGGGGCCGCCGGGGGUGCUGGUGGCGAGGGAGGUUCAAACGGAGGAAUGGGCGGUGGCAGGAAGAGAGGUACUUCUGACCGCGCAUUGCAGAAACCUACUGUGCCGGAUAUCUACCCCCAAGUGAUGGCUCUGCCAAUUGCCGGACGUCCAUUAUUCCCAGGAUUCUACAAAGCUGUCACGAUCCGAAAUCCAACGGUUGCGACAGCUAUUCAGGAAAUGAUGAAGCGAGGACAGCCGUAUAUCGGAGCGUUCCUGUUUAAGGAUGAGAAUGCCGAUCGGGAUGUAAUUGACAGCUUGGAUGAGGUCCACGAUGUCGGUGUUUUUGCACAAAUCACGAGCGCUUUCCCAGUCCACGGCGAGGAGGGGAGUCUGACAACCGUGCUUUACCCCCAUCGUCGUAUUAGGAUCUCCAACUUGCUUCCGCGCGAAACCGGCGAAACUGCCGAUGGUAAAGGUGACGUCUCUGAAGCAGCAAUUGAGGAGAUCGAGGAGAUCCCAGAGCCGGAAAACAAGGGCGAUGUUGUUGCCAGCUUCGAGGAGGAGGCAGUAGAGAAGAAACCAGCACCUUCGCCCAACGCCACCCAUAACCCCUAUGCCACUGCUUUCCUGAAAAAGUACAAAGUAAGUAUUGUGGAUGUCGAGAACCUUGUCGAGCAAAGCUACGACAAAAAGUCACCCGUCAUUCGUGCAGUCACAUCAGAGAUCGUCAACGUGUUCAAGGAAAUCGCCAACCUGAACCCCCUCUUCCGCGAUCAGAUCUCAACUUUCUCAAUGUCGCAAUCCGCCGGUAACGUCAUUGAUGAGCCAGCCAAGCUUGCCGACUUUGCAGCUGCCGUGUCCGCAGGUGAGUUCAAGGAGCUCCAAGAGGUUUUAGAGACACUUCCAGUUGAGGAGAGGUUGCAGAAAGCACUGGUAGUACUGAAGAAGGAGCUCAUGAAUGCUCAGCUUCAGAGCAAGAUCUCAAAGGAUGUCGAGGCCAAGAUCCAGAAGAGGCAAAGGGAGUAUUGGCUUAUGGAGCAGAUGAAGGGAAUCAAGAGGGAGCUUGGAAUUGAGAGUGAUGGGAAAGAUAAACUGGUAGAGAGGUUUAAGGAGAAGGCCGACAAGUUGGCUAUGCCGGAAGCCGUCAAGAAAGUUUUCGAUGAGGAACUAAAUAAACUGUCACAUCUUGAAUCUGCAGCUUCGGAGUUCAAUGUUACCCGGAACUACUUGGAUUGGCUCACACAGAUACCCUGGGGACAGCGUUCAACGGAGAAUUAUGACAUCAGACAUGCCAUGAGGGUCUUAGACGACGAUCACCACGGACUCAAGGAUGUGAAAGAUAGAAUCUUGGAAUUCAUUGCUGUGGGGAAACUAAGAGGCAGCGUGGAGGGGAAGAUCAUUUGCUUUGUUGGACCUCCAGGUGUUGGUAAGACUUCGAUUGGGAAGUCAAUUGCUAGAGCCCUGAAUCGGCAGUUUUAUAGAUUCAGUGUUGGUGGUUUGACAGAUGUCGCGGAGAUUAAGGGGCACAGGAGGACAUAUGUCGGUGCUUUACCGGGACGUAUCAUCCAAGCUUUGAAAAAAUGCCAGACGGAGAACCCUUUGGUUCUCAUCGACGAGAUCGACAAGAUCGGGCGAGGCCACCAAGGCGAUCCUGCAUCUGCUUUGCUGGAGCUCCUUGACCCGGAACAGAAUUCUUCGUUCUUGGACCAUUACUUGGAUGUGCCCGUCGAUCUCUCCAAGGUGCUGUUUGUCUGCACAGCGAACAUGACAGACACAAUUCCUCGCCCAUUGUUGGAUCGUAUGGAAAUGAUCGAACUCUCUGGAUACGUCGCUGAUGAGAAGAUGGCUAUCGCGGAUAAGUACCUAGCGCCACAAGCAAAGUCGAUGAGUGGAUUGAAAGAUGUCGACGUGGUGUUGCAGAAGGAUGCCAUUGAAGAAUUGAUCAAAUCAUAUUGCCGAGAGAGUGGGGUCCGCAACCUCAAGAAACAGAUCGAAAAGGUUUUUAGGAAAUCCGCCCUGAAGAUCGUUCAAGAUCUGGGCGAGUCAGCCUUGCCCGAGGAAAAGGCAAUAACUGAGGAAGGAAAAGCAGCACUCAAGGAAUCCGAGAAACGGGAGGAAGCCGUCGGUAAGGAUGAGAAGCCGAUCACUAUCGACGAGUCCGAGACAACCGAGACACCACGAGUGGCUCUCCAGGUUCCGGAGUCCGUCCACGUCAGCAUAACCAGAGAGAAUCUGAAGGACUACGUUGGUCCCCCAGUGUUUACCUCGGACAGGCUGUAUGACAUUACACCUCCGGGAGUGGUUAUGGGUCUUGCGUGGACGCAGAUGGGUGGGGCUGCGCUCUACGUCGAGUCGAUACUGGAGCAGGCCUUGACACCCAAUUCACGCCCUGGAAUGGAGCGCACUGGUAAUUUAAAGAAUGUGAUGAAGGAGUCGACCUCAAUUGCCUAUUCGUUUGCCAAGAGCUUGAUGGCAAAGGGCUUCCCCUCAAACCGUUUCUUUGAGAAGGCUAAAAUCCAUUUGCAUUGUCCUGAAGGUGCUGUGCAGAAAGAUGGACCAUCGGCCGGUAUCACGAUGGCGACGUCGUUGUUGUCAUUGGCUCUCGAUCACAAAAUUGAUCCUACAAUUGCGAUGACUGGCGAACUUACAGUCACGGGUAAGGUCUUGAGGAUAGGCGGACUUCGCGAGAAGGCUGUUGCUGCGCGUAGAUCCGGGGCAAAGAGGAUCAUCUUCCCGGCUGACAACAUGAGCGACUGGCUCGAGCUCCCGGAGAAUAUCAAAGAAGGCCUCGAAGGGCGCCCGGCCAGCUGGUAUCAGGAUGUCUACGAUCUGGUGUUCAGUGAUCUUGAUAAGAGCAGAGCUGCAGGGCUGUGGGCAGAACAGCUGAAGGAAGAGGAGGGGAAAUCCAAGAAGGAUAGAGAUGAAGACGAUGAUUGA